AUGGCAACCCUCAACGUGGUUGCUCCAUUGGCCGGCACCACCUCCGUUGCAAUAGCGAGGUCAUCUGGUGCUGUAGAAGGCCCAGUUUCGGCUUUGAACGCCGCUGAGCUAUCCUCCCCGUCCACCUUCUGGCUUCUCGCUCGCGUCAUGCUCGCCAUUUUGCGUGUUAUUCCUGGGCUUCUUUACUGGGCCAUAACUUUUACCACCAUCACGCUGCCCACAUGGCUCUUCACCCUCUUUUCCAUGAGCCUGACGUUCACUAUGAACUUCACCACCUUAAUGUUAAUUAUCAUCCUGUUCGUCUCCACAACCAGCUACCUCGUGAGAUACCGCUUCAUGACUAUGUACACCCGCUUGCCCCCCGAUCCCCCGCGCGAUGAGCCCCAGGUCGAGGUCUUUCCCGACACGCAAGAAGGGGACUCUAAGCGCGGGCUUUCCAAUUAUCUGGACGAGUUCUUGAGCGCCAUUAAGGUGUUUGGAUAUCUGGAACGUCCGGUCUUCCACGAGCUUACACGGACCAUGCAAACGCGGAAGUUGAUUGCCGGAGAGACGCUGCUGCUGGAGGAAGAGAAGGGCUUCUGCUUGGUUGUGGACGGAAUGGUCCAAAUUUUCGUCAAGUCGAACCGAGACGGUCCUGAUUCAGAUGACGAAGGCAAUUCAAGGAGUUCCUCUGGGGACGACGGUGGGCGUCACGGUCAUAGCCAGGGCUACCAGCUGCUCACCGAGGUGAAGAAUGGAGCCCCGAUGUCUUCGCUAUUCUCAAUUCUCUCGCUAUUUACGGAGGAUGUUAAACUCCGCCAUGAAGAUGAAGAAGACACUUCAAGAGCAUCUAGCACCCACCAAGGUCAUAGGAGAUCGUCAAAACAAACUGUGGUGCGAACAGGCAACUAUGGUUUGGAAGACUCGACCCCAGCAAGUCCAACGCAAACACCCCAAACCCCGCCCCCAAAUGGCUUGCGAGACCGACGGGCUUCCAACCUGGCUAGCCCUACUGCUGGAGGCCGACUCCCGAGUGUACCGCCCCUAACGUUGGACAUCAAUGGCGUUACAGAUAGUCCCAAACCGCCACAGCCGCGAAAGCCCCGGUCCAGAUCAAGGAAGCCCAAAUCUGCUCAUCCAGAUAUUGUUGCAAGAGCUACCGUCGAUACAACUAUCGCUAUCAUUCCAGCCACUGCCUUCCGUCGCUUGACUCGUGUGUACCCAAAAGCUACAGCCCACAUUGUUCAGGUUAUUCUAACCCGACUACAACGAGUCACUCUUGCGACUGGCCAUGCUUACCUUGGCCUUACGAGUGAGGUUCUCCGUACGGAAAAAUUGAUGAACAAGUACACAACGUAUGACUUACCUGGCUUCCUGCGUGACUCGGCCUUGGAGAGGCUGAAGGAAAAAUUCACCAAGGAAAGAGAGCGCAUUGGGCCUGAAGAAGGUAUGAAGGGUAUUGCGUUACAUAAUCCAGGGGCAGGACGCCGCCGGAGAUCUAGUGCCUCCCUUCGGAAAGGGGCAGCCGCACAUGCUCGGCUCGCAGCCGCACGUGGUACUUCCAUGGAUGCGAGUACCGAGACGCUGGUUCGGAUGGCCUCUCCAGAACGUACCCACAGUGAACGUACCGACCACAAUGAGCGGGUCAGUGCAGGGGACUUGUUGAUAAAUACCCAUAUAUCUCGAGCAGGCAGCCGGCAAGGACGAUACAGCUUCUCCCAGCCUUAUCAACAAGAGAACCGUCGCGACUCCCGGACUCUUCUCGAUUCUGGUUCUCCAAAUCCCUUUGCUUCUCCACUAGGGCGUCCAGCAGCUCUCCAUCGCCAAGAAUCUGUAGAUGAAGCGACCAUCUUUCGAGAGUCCGUACUUGACUGCAUGUUCAAGGCGAUUGGGUUGACGAACAUGGAGAACCCCGUUACGAAGCCAGUGUCGGUUGAGCAAUCUCCACGCCUGGUCUCUUUUGACGCAAAACGCCAAAAGGCGAUAUUUACUAAUGCCUUUGGCUUUAUCGAUCCAUAUGAAGCGUCGCGUGAUGGAGAUACUGAGUCAAUAGUCUCAGCAUCUGGUCUCUCAAAUCUCAGUGUGAGCGGCCAUCAUAACAUUCUUGAAGAGAUAGUCAACGACGUCGAGAUUGUUUUCUUCCCUAAGGGCGCCGUCCUCGUCGAGCAAGGGGAGAGGAAUCCCGGGCUUUAUUACGUUAUCGAUGGAUUCCUCGAUGUUAGUGUGCCUGUGGAGGAAGACCAACAAGCGCCGAAUGUACUUGGCACUCUCCCAGCUACACCUGGUAUGGCUGAGUCGGAGCUCUUCGGUGGCCCACUGAAGCGGACAAUGACAAACUCUUCGAUGGGACGUGCUGCGGAUGGCGGGAAAAAGAAAAGGUCCAGGAAGAGUCUAUUCCUAACAAAGCCUGGCGGUCUUGCUGGAUAUUUGGGUACCGUUUCCUCCUACAGAUCUUUCAUUGAUGUUACUGCAAAGACCGACGUCUACGUUGGAUUCUUGCCCAGGGCCUCCAUCGAAAGGAUAGUUGAUCGAUAUCCGGUCGUGCUUCUGACGAUGGCAAAGCGGCUGACGACACUCCUCCCCCGCCUCAUUUUGCACAUCGACUUCGCUUUAGAGUGGGUCCAAGUGAACGCUGGACAAAUCAUUUACAACCAGGGAGAUGAGAGCGAUGCGAUAUACAUUGUCCUUAAUGGUCGUUUACGUGCGAUUCGAGAUGGUGAAAAUAAUGGGAUGAAAGUCAUCGGUGAAUAUGGUCAAGGGGACAGCGUUGGCGAACUCGAAGUCCUUACUGAAUCCGCUCGUCCUGGUUCUCUCCAUGCCAUCCGAGAUACGGAACUUGCCAAAUUUCCAAAGACGCUCUUCAACAGUCUCGCAUUAGAGCAUCCUGGUAUUACUAUUAAGAUAUCGAAGAUUAUUGCUUCCCGCAUGAGAGCAUUGACUGACGAUCCCCUCCACAAACAAACUAAGGAACGAAGCUCAAAAGCAACCCGCAGCAAUGUGUCUUCUACGGUGAACCUUCGCACUGUCGCUAUUCUUCCGGUUACGGCUGGGAUUCCAGUAGUAGAAUUCGCGGGUCGGCUGAUGAAUGCAUUGAAUCAGAUCGGAACGCCCAACAGUGUGGUGUCUCUGAACCAAGCCGCUAUUCUAAACCAUCUGGGGCGGCACGCAUUCAAUCGUAUGGGAAAGCUUAAAUUAUCACAGUAUCUAGCCGACCUAGAGGAGAAAUAUGGCUUAGUACUCUACGUUGCUGAUACGACAGUCAAGUCACCGUGGACACAGACUUGCAUUAGUCAAGCCGACUGCAUUCUUUUAGUGGGGCUAGCAGAAGGCUCACCUAACAUUGGAGAGUAUGAGCGGUUCCUUCUGACCACCAAAACCACAGCCCGUAAAGAGCUUGUCAUUCUGCACUCGGAAAGAUUCUGCCAGCCUGGCCUAACUCGACAAUGGUUGCGGAAUCGCCCUUGGGUAAAUGGUAGCCACCACCACAUUCAGAUGUCUUUCCGCACGACCCCCGAACCUGUCCAUCCGGCUGGACGUCGUUUUGGGAGCGCCCUCAAGCAACGAGUACAGGUGUUGCAAGCUGAGAUCCAAAAAUAUACCUCAAGGAAGGUCCGACAAACACCCCUCUACUCUGCAGAAACGCCAUUCAAAGGAGACUUUCACCGACUGGCGAGGCGUCUUUGUGGCAAGUCGGUAGGACUUGUUCUCGGAGGAGGAGGCGCUCGAGGCAUUUCACAGAUUGGCAUCAUCCGUGCCCUCGAGGAAGCGGGAAUUCCUAUUGAUAUAGUGGGCGGGACGUCUAUUGGAGCGUUUAUUGGCGCACUCUAUGCCUGGGAUGCAGAUGUCGUGCCAAUGUACGGAAGGGCUAAGAAGUUCGCUGGUCGCAUGGGAAGCAUGUGGAGAUUUGCUCUUGACCUCACAUAUCCCUCCGCAUCAUAUACCACUGGCCACGAAUUCAAUCGAGGCAUCUUCAAGACAUUCGGGAAUUCGCAGAUGGAGGACUUUUGGCUCGAAUUUUACUGUAACACAACUAACAUCAGCAGAAGCCGGUCAGAAAUCCACACUAGCGGCUACGUUUGGAGGUACGUGCGAGCGUCCAUGUCUCUUGCUGGUCUGCUUCCACCUCUCUGCGACAAUGGGAGCAUGCUCUUAGACGGAGGAUACAUUGACAAUCUCACGGUCGCCCACAUGAAAAGCCUGGGUGCAGACGUAAUCUUCGCAGUCGACGUAGGGAGCCUUGACGACACCACACCGCAGUCAUUCGGCGACUCCCUUUCGGGUUUCUGGGCGAUCCUCAAUCGUUGGAACCCCUUUUCAUCCUAUACCAACCCACCAACGCUCUCUGAAAUUCAGUCGCGGCUCGCAUAUGUGUCCAGCUACGAUGCUCUUGAGCGGGCCAAGAACACGCCCGGAUGCAGAUAUAUGCGUCCGCCCAUUGACCCCUACGGCACGCUUGACUUUGCAAAGUUCGAGGAAAUCUACCAGGUCGGCUAUGAGUACGGCCGGGAGUUUCUUGGUCAGCUGAGGGAGCAAGGAGUGCUCCCAGUUACGGAAGAAACAGAGAAGGAGAAGAACCUCAGGCGCACCAUGGCGCCGCGACGGGCGAGCAUAUAG